CUGUCACUGAGUCCCGGUGAAGAGCGAAGAUGGAGGUAACCCAGGCUGUCCGCGCGCUCGGCAAGUCGCUGCUGCUCGUGCUGCUGUGGUCCCAAUGUGAGGGCAGAGAGUCGGAGCUCAACUACGUGACCUGCGGCUCGCUGCUCAAGCUGCUCAACACCAGACACAACGUGCGGCUGCAUUCCCACGACGUCAAGUACGGCUCAGGCAGUGGGCAGCAGUCUGUAACUGGAGUUGAAAACGCAGACGAUGCCAACAGUUACUGGCAGAUCCGUGGGAAGCCCGACCGGCCGUGUCAGCGCGGCGUCGCCAUCAAGUGUGGCGAGGCCAUCCGCAUCACACAUAUGAAGACCAGCCGCAACCUCCACACACACAACUUCAUCUCCCCCCUGUCCAACAACCAGGAGGUCAGCGCCUUCGGGGAGAAUGGCGAGGGCGACGCCCUGGACACGUGGACGGUGCAGUGCGACGGCGACCACUGGGAGCGCGACGAGGCGGUGCGCUUCAAGCACGUGGGCACCGACGUCUUCCUGAGCGUGACCGGCGAGCAGUACGGCCACCCGAUCCGCGGGCAGCGCGAGGUGCACGGCAUGAGCGCUGCCAACCAGCACAACUGGUGGCGCUCCAUGGAGGGCGUGUUCCUCAUGCCCAGCCAGGUGCCGCUGCGCCACGACGAGCUGUGACCUGGUCACCGGGGGACGUUGUGAACGCCUGGUCAUGUGACCGCAUGGUCACUGGGGCCAAACGACGUUGUGUGUGUGUGAAUGAUGCAGAAUAUUGGACUGACUUCCAAUAGAGGGUUUAUAAAGGAGAAGAACAACGUUACGACUAACUGGAGAACAACAGUCACGGUUGUUAUUUGUAGUUUCUCUGUUGACAGAUUGAUAGUUUUUUUUGGUCUUUUUUUUUUUCAAUUGACAACAUUUUACAAUAUCUAGUAAAUGUGAACGUCAUCAAGCGAAAACCAAACUUUUUUAUCUCUUUAUUUUUAUGUUAUUGCAAUUUAAAUGUCUUUCAAGUUUUGAUUGUUGGUUGGACAAAAAAAAGCUGUUGUCAAAUUGGCCUCUGAGAUGUAUAUAUUAAUAUAUGUAUAAGUAUAUAUAUUUAUGUAAUUUAUAUAUAUAAUUUAUAUGAAUUAUAUAUCUAAUUAAUAUAUAAAUAUAUAUUAUAUAUUUAUAUAUAUAAUUCAUAUAUAUUAUUAAUAUGUAUACAUAUUUAUUAUACAUAUAUUUAUUAUUCAUAUAUAUAUUUUAAUUUAAAAAAUAUAUAUAUAUGAAUUAAUUAAUUUGAUCAAUGAAGGUAAAUAGUAGAUUCUAUGGUUUCCAUGGCUGAAUGUUUGGGGGCUGCAGCUCUUCCAUGAGGACCACGUCUCACCAGACGUCUCCGGGCUGUACUCUAGUACCAGAGUCCAGCCGGUGUGGUACCAGUUCAGCAGGUCUAAUGGGGUCUGCCCCAGAGCCGUGUGUCUGCUAACCUGCUUCUGUCGUCCAGGAGGCGCCCUGAAGGUCUUCUGGACUCUGUGAUGUCACAUCACAGCUGAGAGUUGAACCCAGCCUGUCUCCAGGAGGGUUAGUUUCCUCUUGAUUACUUUGGGCUGGUAUAAAGACUAGUCCACAUUUAGCUGGGUGUUUAUAAGUUCUGUGAAACCAUAUCUUAUAAUAUUCACUUACACAUUAAUCUGAGAACUGUUUUGAUCCACAUGAGUUUAUUCAAUCGUCAUUAAACUACGUGAUGACAUCACUGUUGACAUGGGAA